UUUUGGUAGAGUGGAAUUAUGAAGAAGAUGAACAUAGGAAACUCGUUCGGUUCAAUAGACGUGCCAAUAAGCGUGACAAUGAAUGUUCACAAUUUCUUUUUAUUGACAAACAUUAAUUGUUAAUAGGGUUACUUUUUAUCAGUAAAAGAUUCGAAUCCAUGAUUAUUCUCCCGUUCCUUCCCUCUUCACCACUAGACAAGUGAAAGAUUUUGCAUGGAUUUUUGAACAUUGAUCAUUAGCAUGAAUAAGGCUGGGCAAUCUCUGAAAUGGGUUCUCUUGGAUUUGAUUCACAAAUGCAACGACUUGAGAUCCUUCAAGCAAAUCCAUGCGCAUCUUUUGACUUCUGCCCUUGUUACUAAUGAUUUGGUUGUCACCAAAGCUGCAAACUUUUUGGGAAAACAUAUCACUGAUGUUCAUUACCCUUGCAAUUUCCUGAAGCAAUUUGAUUGGAGCUUGAGCUCUUUCCCUUGCAAUUUGUUGAUUUCAGGUUAUGCCUCGGGCCAGUUACCCUGGCUUGCAAUCCUGAUUUAUAGAUGGACUGUUAGGAAUGGUUUUGUGCCUGAUGUGUACACUUUUCCAGCAGUUUUGAAAUCUUGUGCUAAGUUUUCUGGGAUUGGAGAGGUUAGACAGUUUCAUUCAGUGUCUGUUAAGACUGGAUUGUGGUGUGAUAUUUAUGUGCAAAACACUCUUGUCCAUGUUUAUAGCAUUUGUGGGGACAAUGUUGGUGCUGGCAAGGUGUUUGAGGACAUGCUUGUGAGAGAUGUGGUCUCUUGGACUGGUUUGAUAUCUGGGUAUGUGAAGACUGGGUUGUUUAAUGAGGCCAUUUCGUUGUUUUUGAGAAUGAAUGUGGAGCCUAAUGUGGGAACCUUUGUUAGCAUACUUGGAGCCUGUGGGAAAUUGGGUCGUUUAAAUCUGGGGAAGGGAAUUCAUGGGUUGGUUUUCAAAUGUCUGUAUGGGGAGGAGUUGGUGGUAUGCAAUGCUGUGUUGGAUAUGUAUAUGAAGUGUGACUCUGUGACUGAUGCAAGAAAAAUGUUUGAUGAGAUGCCUGAAAAGGAUAUUAUUUCAUGGACUAGUAUGAUAGGCGGAUUAGUGCAGUGCCAGUCUCCCAGGGAAUCACUGGACUUGUUCAGUCAAAUGCAGGCCUCAGGUUUUGAGCCUGAUGGGGUUAUACUGACUAGUGUGCUUUCUGCUUGUGCCAGUCUUGGGCUUCUUGAUUGUGGCAGAUGGGUCCAUGAAUACAUUGAUUGCCACCGUAUCAAGUGGGAUGUUCAUAUAGGAACGACAUUGGUUGACAUGUAUGCAAAAUGUGGUUGCAUAGAUAUGGCACAGCGUAUCUUCAAUGGAAUGCCUUCUAAGAAUAUCCGCACUUGGAAUGCCUAUAUAGGUGGUCUAGCAAUAAAUGGAUACGGGAAGGAAGCAUUGAAACAAUUUGAAGAUUUGGUUGAGUCUGGCACAAGGCCUAAUGAGGUGACAUUUCUAGCUGUUUUUACAGCUUGCUGCCAUAAUGGUUUGGUUGAUGAAGGCCGCAAGUAUUUCAAUGAGAUGACAAGUCCUCUCUACAACCUCUCUCCCUGUUUAGAACACUAUGGAUGCAUGGUUGAUUUGCUCUGCAGGGCUGGACUGGUAGGGGAAGCUGUGGAGUUAAUAAAGACAAUGCCUAUGCCCCCUGAUGUGCAGAUCCUAGGAGCUCUUUUGAGUUCCCGCAAUACGUAUGGGAAUGUUGGAUUCACCCAAGAAAUGUUGAAAUCACUUCCGAAUGUUGAAUUCCAAGAUAGUGGAAUAUAUGUGCUUCUUUCUAAUCUGUAUGCAACUAACAAGAAAUGGGCUGAAGUGAGAAGUGUUAGGAGACUGAUGAAGCAAAAAGGAAUAAGCAAGGCUCCAGGUUCUAGCAUCAUAAGGGUGGAUGGUAUGAGUCAUGAAUUUUUAGUUGGAGACAAUAGCCAUCCUCAAAGUGAGGAAAUUUACGUACUACUAAACAUCCUUGCCAAUCAAAUCUACCUUGAGGGGCAUAUUAAUACCCUUUCUUGAUCAAACUGACAAGCCUAAAUGAUUUUAGACUUGUUUAUCUAUGUUCUCUCAGUGGUCAGAUUUGGACUCGUUUUGGAAGUUCAUAAUAGUUACAUGAAACCACCGUAUGUUACCCUUAUGCCAAAUUAAACUAAUUAGCUUUUGCAUUGAGAAGCAAUUCAAGAGCAAGGUGGAUACGUAGUUGCCUUUUAUAGGGGCCAGAGUUUCAUGUUUAUGAUUGUGAGGGAUUGGUCCAUGGUCAGCUGAACUUUGAUGAGAGUAGUUAAGUUACUGUGCCUCAAGCUCUGACAUUGAGACCGAAACAGAGAAAUAUAAGCCACUUGGAUAAGUUUAGAUAUGGAAUGCGUUAACUCAUAUGCAAUGCAUGUCGUCUUUGUAACGAAAGAUCUCCACCAUAUAUUUAAUAUUUUAGUAGA